ACGUGUUUUAUCUUUGUUUACAUUACAUAUUUUUUACACAUUAUUUUAACAAAUUCAAUGCGGAAUUUGUAAAAUUCAAAUAUAAAUAUAUAUGUUCCAUUGAAAAAGUCUGGAAUACGUGAAUUAUUUACAAGAAUUUUUCAUUCUUCACUUAAGCUGGCAUACGCGGCUACAUUUUGGAAAUGCUUGCUACAACUACGUUGCAGAAUUCUUUAGCAAGAUAAAAGAAAAACUUUAUUAUUAUUACUGUUAUCGAUUAAUGUCUGAUAAACUUACUGUUGAUUACUUACUUUUAAAAUCCAAGUGCAGUUUGCGACAUAUUAGCGGAAUACUUUUUUGGUAUUUUAGUUAAAAAAAUAGAAGCGUAAUCAGAAUGUGCGGUAUUUUUGCUUACAUGAACUAUAUGACGCCGAAAACACUUCAUGAAGUGUUAGAAUUGUUGGUGAAUGGGCUUAAACGCUUGGAAUAUCGUGGCUAUGAUUCAACGGGAGUGGCUGUCGAUGCCCCUGGUAAAGCGAACGAUAUACUCAUGUUGAAAAAAAGUGGCAAAGUGAAGAUGUUAGAAGACGCUAUUGCUGAAAUAAGCGAUGAACGCUUUUCUCUGCCUCUAACAAUUCAUGUUGGCAUUGCACAUACACGUUGGGCGACACACGGUGUGCCUUCUGAGGUUAAUUCUCAUCCGCAGCGUUCAGACCCUAGUAAUAGUUUUGUUAUUGUUCACAACGGCAUUAUAACAAAUUACAAGGACGUGAAGACGCUCUUAGAGCUGCGUGGAUAUAUUUUUGAAUCCGAAACUGACACUGAAGUCAUUGCUAAGCUAGUUCAUCAUCUUUGGGUACAGCAUCCGAAUUAUGCAUUCCGUGAACUGGUUGAAUUGACUAUACAACAUUUGGAAGGAGCCUUUGCUGUAGCCUUUAAGUCGCGUCACUUUCCCGGGGAAUGUGUUGCUUCACGCCGCGGCUCUCCUUUAUUGAUUGGCAUCAAAACGAAAACUCGUUUGGCGACUGAUCAUGUACCCAUCUUGUACGCCAAAGAGCAUCGGCCUCACGUUUCCGAUGCUCCUUUGAUGUCUUUGAUACCACAUGCAAUGGUUCAUUCAGAGUUCACUCCUCUAGAAGACACGGAAAUUGAAUAUUUCUUUGCUUCCGAUGCGUCCGCAGUUAUUGAACAUACCAAUAGGGUUAUUUAUUUGGAGGACGAUGACGUGGCUGCCGUUAAAGGUGGUGCAUUAAGCAUUCAUCGUCUUAAGCAGUGCCUGGAUGAUCCUCAUGCUCGAGAAAUAAUUACGUUAAAAAUGGAAAUACAACAGAUUAUGAAGGGCAACUAUGACUAUUUUAUGCUGAAAGAGAUAUAUGAACAACCCGAAUCAGUUGUUAACACCAUGAGAGGACGCGUGCGUUUUGAUACGAAAACAGUAGUAUUGGGAGGAAUUAAAGAAUACAUACCGGAAAUAAAACGUUGCCGUCGUUUGAUGUUAAUUGGAUGCGGUACGUCCUAUCAUAGUGCGGUUGCUACACGUCAAUUGCUGGAGGAGCUUACCGAGCUGCCUGUUAUGGUGGAACUGGCUUCAGAUUUCCUGGAUCGCAAUACUCCGAUAUUUCGCGACGAUGUUUGCUUUUUUAUAUCGCAAUCCGGCGAGACAGCGGACACUUUGAUGGCCUUGCGCUAUUGUAAGCACAGAGGAGCACUUAUUGUUGGUAUUACAAAUACCGUGGGUAGCAGCAUUUGUAGAGAAUCAAACUGUGGAGUACAUAUUAACGCAGGUCCAGAAAUUGGGGUUGCCUCUACUAAAGCAUAUACCUCUCAGUUUAUAUCCUUAGUCAUGUUUGCCUUGGUUAUGUCGGAAGAUCGGCUUUCGUUGCAAAAAAGACGUUUGGAAAUUAUCGAAGCUCUUUCAACUUUGGCCGAUCAAAUUCGCAAGGUUUUAAAGCUUGAUUCGAAAAUUUCUGAAAUGGCUAAAGAUCUUUACCAACAUAAAUCCUUACUUAUAAUGGGUCGUGGGUAUAAUUUUGCUACAUGCUUAGAAGGCGCUCUUAAAGUAAAAGAGUUAACUUAUAUGCAUAGUGAAGGCAUUUUAGCUGGUGAACUAAAGCAUGGACCCUUGGCUUUAGUUGAUGAUGAAAUGCCAGUUUUAAUGAUUGUUUUACGUGAUCCAGUUUAUGUAAAAUGCAUGAAUGCGUUACAACAGGUCACUUCUCGGAAGGGCCGCCCAAUUAUUAUAUGCGAAGAGGGUGACGAGGAGACAAAAGCAUUUUCUUCGCGCAGUUUAGAGAUACCGCGCACAGUCGAUUGCCUUCAAGGCAUUCUGACCGUUAUUCCAAUGCAGCUUUUAUCUUAUCAUAUAGCAGUAUUACGCGGUUGUGAUGUCGAUUGUCCGCGCAACUUAGCAAAAUCUGUUACAGUGGAAUAA